AUACAUAUUUUUCUCAAGUUACAGACAUGGUUGAUUUCGAAGGAUUGUUUAGACACUAUAUCACAGGUUGGAGGCCUCGCUUCACCCAUGACUAUGAUUAUAGAUCAACUAUUCGGGAUAUUGGAGAGGGCUCUUCGAAAACUAAAAGAUAUGGAUAUAGAAGAAGGGAGGAAGAAGAACCACAAACCUAUGAGGAUAUUAAAGAGACAUAUUCGGCAAAUGGGGAAUUGUGGGAAGAUCCUGAUUUUCCUGCCGAAGACAAAUCCAUAUUUUUCAAAAAACCGCCUUCUUGUUGGCCAAAUAUUGAAUGGUUGCGACCUCAUGAAAUUUGUGAUAAUCCAAAGUUUUUACAUGAAGGAGCUUCCAGAAUGGAUAUAAAUCAAGGAGCUUUAGGAGACUGCUGGUUUUUGGCAGCCGUUGCAUGUCUAACUCAAAAUGAAGCCCUCUUUCAUAGAGUCGUACCUGAUGAUCAAGAUUUUUUAAACAGCUAUGCAGGAAUAUUUCGAUUCCAAUUCUGGCAGUAUGGGAGAUGGGUUGAGGUAAUCAUCGAUGAUCGCUUGCCGACUUCGAAUGGCAGGCUCAUAUAUUUACAUUCCAAUGAGGGUAACGAAUUUUGGCCUGCAAUGCUAGAAAAAGCCUAUGCCAAAUUGAAUGGUUCGUAUGAGUCCCUAAGCGGUGGAUUAACGGGGGAGGCUCUUGUCGAUUUUACUGGAGGUAUUAUCGAAAAGUGGAAUUUCCCAGAGGAUGGAACUGAAGGCCUAUACGAAAGAAUGAAGACCUCUUUGAAAAAAGGAGGUUUUAUGGCUUGUUCGAUUGACUCCUCCCCUGAUACAAUGGAAUCUCGCCUUGAAAAUGGUUUAGUUAUAGGACAUGCGUAUAGUAUUACAGACGUCAGGAAUGUCACUGUGGAAACGCCAACAGUUUCUGGGCAGAUAGCGAUGAUCCGUAUUAGAAACCCUUGGGGCAACGAAGCGGAGUGGAAAGGAGCUUGGAGUGACGGAUCACCAGAGUGGGAGUACAUUCCAGAAGAAGAACGGCAAAAUAUCGGUCUUACUUUUGAAGCUGAUGGCGAAUUUUGGAUGUCUUUCGAUGACUUCUCAAAUAAUUUUCAACGAAUGGAAAUCUGUCAUCUUGGACCUGAUUCUAUUCCAGAAGGUGAAGGCGUUAAAUGGGAAAUGUCACUUAUGGAAGGAAGCUGGAAGCGAAAUAUAAAUGCCGGAGGCUGUGCUAAUUAUAAAUCCCAUGCUCUUAAUCCGGCCUACAAAAUUACCCUGGAUGAGGCUGAUGGUGAAGAUGAAGAAGGAAGAAUCUGUCUUCUGCUUGGCGUAAUGCAAAAAGAGAGGAGAAAAAAAAGGAUGGAAGGUGAGGCAGAUUUGCCAAUAGGAUACGCUAUCUACAAGAUGAAUGACCCUGAUGAGAAAUUAAGCUAUAAGAGCUUGCGUUAUUUGGAGAGAGUUGCAGGAAGUAAGAGUUUCAUCAACUCGAGGGAAGUUGCUGACUAUCACUUCUUGUAUCCCGGAUCUUAUGCCGUGGUGCCAUCGACUUUUGAGCCUCAGCAAGAAGCUGACUUCUUGUUGAGACUUUUUGCUGAGAAACCAGGAACAAUCGAGGAACCAGACGAAAUUACCGGAAAAGGAGAACCAGAUCCGGAUGAGGUGAAAGAUGAAACUGCUGAAGAAAAAACAAUUGUCGCUAUCGAAGCUUUCAGAGCAGCUGCUGGAUAUGACAAUGAAAUUGAUGCUUAUGAACUUAUGAAUUUACUUAAUACCGUGGCUAAGCAAGAAUUCGAUUUUGAGGGCUUUAAUGUUGACAUUUGUCGAAGUAUGGUUGCGAUGCGGGAUAUUAAUUUGACAGGAACACUGGGCUUUGAUGAAUUUAAAGGACUUUGGGAUGAUCUUUUGAAGUGGAUUGUACGUAAAAAGUAUAAUAUAAUCCUGUCAAAUAACUUUUUCUUGAUGUAGCACAUCUUUCAAAUCUACGAUAUUGAUAAAUCUGGCAGUUUUGAUUGUUUCGAGUUACGAAAAGCUUUGGAUGGAGCUGGUUAGUAACAUCAAUAGCAAUAUAUUUCCUGACACUCUUCCCACUUGAAUAUUUUCCUAUUAGGGCUACAUCUCUCGAAUUCUACAUUUGAGGCUGUGGCAAUAAGAUACAGCGAUAAACAUGGGGUUGUGCGUUUUAAUGAUUUUAUAAGUUGCAUUAUAAAAUUAAAUACAAUGUUCCUAAUUUACCAAGAAAAGGACAGAAAUAAUGAAAAUUUGGCAUCAUUUACUUUGGAUGAGUUUAUUCAAUUUACGGUUUAUGCCUGAAAAAUAAAAGAAAAUAUUCCUUUAUGCAAAUCAAAUCAAGGGAAAUAUAAUUAUAAUACAUAAUAAAAACAACAUUUUCUUGUCUUGUCAAUUCCGAGAAUACACAAGUUGGCAAUAAAAAAAAUAGUAAGAAUUAGGCUCUAAUUGUUUAAUACACAAAGAGUACAAUAGAAAUUUGUAGCAAAACAACUGUUUUCGAUCAAAAAAGUUAUAGUUUGAGUAAAUGUUAAUAAAAUUCAAGAAAUUAUUAAUAUAUAACCAUGACAAUACCAUAAAACCAUGAAUGGUUUUGGCCAGAAUAGGUCUAUUUAUUUUUAUGAUAUUUAUUUUUAUUUACACACUCGCUAAAGCAAUGUCGAAAAGAAAUACACAUAUUAAGAAAAAAAAACAAGCCUUCAGAGCCCUACUCUCAGG